GCUUUUUGUUUGUUGGUUGAUUCAGUGGAGAUUUCUGCGUGUGUGUGUGUGUGUGUGUGUGUAGGUUGUUUUUUUUUGCUUUUUUAUAUUGGAGAGAGUGAAAGGAUCCUCGAACCGGCAAUUUGCGAUGGGCGACACAUUUCACCUCACGCAAAGCGCAACACAAGCAUUCCUCAAUGGCAGAUACGCAGAAGCCCUCCAGCACCUCCACCAACUCUCCAGUCUGACAGAUGGAAAAGAUCCACACGUGGAACAUAAUAUCCUUGUUGCGGAAUGGUAUGCUGGGAAACUCGUUGGUGCAGAGAAUCUCGUCAAGAGGAUCGAUGGAAUAUUAGGCAUGGCGCAAUUAAAAAAGGAGCAAGAUGAUUCACGAGAUCGGGAUCCAUUGUUGGCUGAUUCGAAUGGUGAUCAAGUGGUGGGAUCUGGACGUGACAAGAUGACUGCUACGUAUAAUCGCGCUGUGGGAUUGUACCUCUCUGGAAACGCCCAAAAAGCCCUCGAUUCCCUUCGUCCCAUUCUGGAUGACUUGGAAAUGACAGACGCCUACGUGGGCCUUCGGGCGAGUUUGUUGGCUGUAGAGUGUUGUAUGGCCUUACGGGUGCCUGUCAUGGCCAGAAAUGUGCUGGAUGCGGCUGAGCGGGCGUUCAAGGACCGUCUAGUACGCGAUGGAGAGGAGGAAUCUGCUGAUGGGUCAAGUAGCGGGUUGGCGCCGACGCUCAAGGAUGCUAUACCCGUCUCAUGUGGAUCACUAGACACUGUGUUGUCUGUCUUGAGAACCCGUGUCUACCUCCUGGAAAAGAGCAAAGCAGAUGCUAAAACCGAAUUAAGCCGUCUUGAAAAUGAUAACCCUCCGCUAGAGACCUCUUCUUCAAUCUACCGCAACAUGUCGACUCUCUACAUGCAAGCCCACCAUGCCUACCUCCACGACUCGCCCCAAACAGCCAUGACCGCCCUCGACGCAUGCACUAAAUCUACAUUCACCCCACCUCCUACAAGAACCCCGACCAUCCCACCAGACGACCCAACCCCCCUCUUCAAAACCCUACCUACGUAUUACCACAACGCUCUAGGCUGCCUAAACGCCAAAUCCGGCAACCACGCCACAGCCGCUCUCUCCUUUUCCAAAGCCCUCGCCGAAAACCAAACAUGUAUCAAACACCUCGUAUCCCAAACCACCCCCCACAACACCACCACCAUCAGUGACCAAGACGACGAAAAAGAAGAAUGGGAACGCAUCGCAGAAGAACAAGACCGUCUCGACAAUGACCUUGCCCGAACCACCCCACUCCCUCCCUCCCUCCCAACCCUCUGCAACACCCACCCCAUCCUCUCCUACAACGCCGGCAUCCAACUCGCCCACCUCGGUAAACCCUCACUAGCCUACACAUGCUUUUCCCGUGCGCUAUCAACAGUACCAUCUUCAGCACAUGUACCACCCUACCUAUUGUACACCCAUAUAGGCCUAACAUGUCUCGACAUGUAUAAACCAACGUUGACACCCCAAACGAUUACCAUCGGACACUACAAACUCGUGACCCCAAAACACCAAAGCAACGUACCCCUCCAAAAAGCCCAACAAGCAUUCGAAACCGCUCUUGAACAAUGCCCGGCAAACGCGGUACCUGUUAUAUACCUUUAUCUAGCUUACACGAGUCUGUUACAGCGUCGCAUGGAAAAAGUUUUGCAGUACUGUGCUGUUGUUUUGGAUCAUGAACCUAUUGGGCAGUCACAUGUCCUUGCGGGGCUUUAUAUCCGGAUUGCGUGUAUCACGUUAGGGAGGCCUCCUCCGCCCUUGUUGGAACCGCUUUCGCAUUCUUUGGCGACUGUUUUGGGGUUGUUUGAACAAACGGUUGCGGCGAGGGGGACGUACCCCCCGCAUCCGGCGUUGCCUUCCUUGUUGAGUAGGUUGGAGGGGGCGGUUAGGGAGUAUGAAGGUGGGAAGGGGGCGUUGGUGUGGAUUGCGUUGGCGAGAGGGGAUAAGAGGGCGGCGUGGGAAGCAUUGGGAGGUGAAAAGAAACGAGAACAACGGAGUGUUGGUGGUGACGAGUGGGGAUUUUGAAUUUAAGGGUUUAUAAUCGAAUAUAACGCAUUUAUGUUUUACCAGACCACUUUUCUAAAUAAACACAUCCAUUCCCUAUAUACA